GAUGGAGAGAGCAGAUCGUGAGGAGGGCACCGUGAGAGUAUUUGUGGUCGCUCGUGUGAUCAAGGGCAUCACAGAAAUCAUGAGCAGUUGAAUUUCUCGUUCUCGCCCCGCAUGCAACUCCUACGCUACAAGAUGGAAGUCUCGUUCGCAGCGGUGGAUUUGUUUUUACGCCUCAUUAGCGCAGCCUUGCUUUUGACUCAAGUCAUUUUCUUGUCUAGCCGUAAUGAUGAAGUUUGAAAAAACAUUUAACGAGUGAAAAUAGAAGAACGAAGACAAGAUGAGCACCUCUCUUGCGUCGUCUGCGCGCGUCGUCGUGGAAGAAGCAGCGAAGAGUCUGGAUCAGCACCUAGCCGCAUACGAGUUACCAUCCUGAAAAGAGAAGUCCUCCCCAGGUAGAUGAAGCAUGAUACCAAAAUAAGAAACAACCUUCACCCUGCGCCGCGCCUUGCGGUGGCGGCCCUAUUUAAAGCCUAAAAAAUUUAUGGCCUUCGCCCUUUCCGGCACAGGCUUUCGCUUCUGGCUUCGCCCCCUUUUGCUCUUCGCGGGUCUCUGCUGCAUUGCGGCCGCCCACCUGAGGCACUUCCGGAAUUGGGAGAAAGCUGGCGGGGUGUCAUCCUUGUGCGCGAGACCUUUGCUGCGCUCUAAUUAAGGGCCGCGCCCAAGCUCUUAUUUUUUUGGCCCGUUUUUGCGUCUUACUUUUUGGUCUUACUUUUUGGUCUUACUUUUCGGUCUUACUUUUUGGUCUUAUUUUUUGGUCUUACUUUUUGGUCUUACUUUUUGGUUUUAUUUUUUGGUCUUACUUUUUGGUCUUACUUUUGUUUCUUAUUUUUAAGUCUUAUUUUUUUCUUUUAUUUUUUUCGCCUAAAAUAACGCUUAUUUUUUCUCUUAUUCCCCCACCUAUUGCGCGCCCGGCCACGGGCCGGGGGGUCUUAUUUUUUUGCUUAUUUUUUCUUUUAUUUUUUUGCACACUGAAAUCGCACACGAAAUCGCAAAAAAGGCGCCCGCCAACUUUCGGGCCGUGAAAAUAAGCCCGCCGAUAGUGGGGCGAAUAGGCGGCCUCAAGGGCCCGCGGCCCGGCUCCUUGGCGCCGUCUUAUUUUUCCCCGACUCUUAAUUUCGCGAGGCCCGGGUGAAGGAUGGCGCGUUCGCGUGGACCACGCCCCGGAACACCGCCCUGACCCUUGGCGGGGUGUGUUGCCUUUUCCCCCUUCAAGGCGGCCGCGGAUUUCGCUAAUUGUGUCCGGUGCCGCGCCCACCUCUUUGUCCGGGGCGGGCGUGCCUGCCCGCUUGGCCUUUGCCGGAUAGCGGCCGUCGUUCUGCUUCGAUGCCGACCCCCGGGCGGGUAGGCGCGCCCUGAGGCCAACUUUGUGGCCGCUCUCGCCAUGUGGUGAUCCGGCUGCCUGGGUCCCGGCUUUUGGCGCGACCCGUAAAAUUUUUAGGCGUUUUUUAGCAAAAGCCCCGCAGGGCGCGGCUCCGGGUGACAACCUGUUUAUUGCCCUGCGAAGCAUUGCAAAUUAAGACAUGAACGCAGACCCUUGAUGCAUUAAUAUCAGCCACGCAAACUUUGAUUGGAUCCAGGAUGAGGACGCUUUUCAUGUUGAUACGAGGUCGCGAAGAACCACAACGCCGAAGUACUGCAGCGCGCUCUGGCAGAAAUGCGUACCUUCACAACUGAGAAUCGCGGCAACCUAGAGCACGCCCAAAUGGAAAUUCAAAAGGCGCUCGAAAGUCGCACGGUUUCGAAAGAAAAACUUAGCGAAGACGCAGAUCUUGCUCCCCUAGACGAGUACAGAAAUAGGUACCGGCGUCCAGACGUUGAAGCCGAAGAUUUUUUCACACAGGUCGAGGAAUCGAAAAAAGGGAUGAAAGAAGCUGCUUUGAGCCUCCAACACGCGCUGCAACUAGACCCGAAUGCAUCCUUUCUGUAGCACUUGAACUAAAUGAAAUUGUGUUUUUUUUCUCAUAAUGUAGAAGGUACCGGCAAAGAAACCACGAGAACUACAAAAACGAGAACACAUGCAUUGUUCAAUACCUGAGGACUUUUCGCAUAGUUGGCUGGGCUGAUGAUGAACCUGAACAUUGCUUGCUCAAAACUUUUCUCCUACACAGAAAACGAAACUCCGACCAACGAAAAUGAC